CGCGCGCCAGUCGUUGGCGAGCGUUAUGGGAUUCGCGGGCCCGUGAUUAAUUCGCGCCGUCGAUACGAAGGAGAAGAAUGACAGCGAAGCACGAAUGCGACCCGGAUGACGUCGCGCUCGUGUCGGCGAUCGAGAACGGCGAGUUCGAUCGGGCGAGCGAGAUUUUGGCGCGCGACAGUCAAAACGGACACGUUCACCCGGUGGGUGCUCUCCAGGUGACGGCUCUGCAGGUGGCUGCCUGGCAAGGGAGGAUCGAUCUGUUGGAUCGACUGUACGAGAAAGGUGCUGGCGUAAACGACGCGGAUAAAAUCGGCAGAUGCGCUCUUUAUUACGCGGCGCAUCGCGGAAACAUCGACGUGACAGAGUGGCUUCUCCGACACGGAGGAUGCGUCGACGCCAAAGUCGGGAUCUACUCGUGCACCAAGAGCAGCCCGGAUACUUCGUUGAUGACAUCUUGUUUCGUCGGAAGAAAAUUGCCGUUACCCAUGUGCUGGGGAAGGACACCUUUGCACGAGGCGGUGAAGAAUAAUCAUGCCGACGUCGUGCGCGCUUUAGUGGAACACAGCGCAGAUGUGAACGCAAAGGAUGAGCGCCUCAUCACUCCUUUGCUCUUGGCGGGGAGCGCGGUGAAUCGCGAUGACCUCAAGGAGAUGACUAAGUUUGUGGAGAUCGUCAAGAUUCUGGUCGCCGCGAAGGUGUUCGUCAACGUUAUUCAUCCGGACACGGGUACCACGGCGUUGCAUCACGCGGCGAUGCUGGGCAGCGCAGAAGCGACGGAGAUAUUAUUGUCGAACGGCGCGUGGCCGAUGUACAAGUGCAAAAGCUCCGGGAGCACGCCGCUUCACAUUGUCGCGAGUACAGGAAGCACCGAGACGCUGAUGGUCCUACUCGAGGCAAUGUUACCUCAUAACAUUGACACUCGCGAUCAGAUCAAUCGUACGGCUCUUCAUAGAGCAGCUUAUCGGGGCCAUCGCGAAUGCGUACGAGCCUUGAUCGAACACGGAGCUAACUUGGCCGCGACGACGAAGACCGGCAUCACCGUCGUUGAUGCCAUAUUCGCUCACAUCCCACGACCAUUGGCCUUUCUAACGGAAAUUCUGGAUUCUUGCGUACGAACGACCAAUAAUUCUCCUCUAGAGACAUACGACAAUAUCACUGUCGACUUUGGUACAUUGGCUCCGAAGCACCAGAUGCAAAUGGCAGUAGUCACGGCUGUUAUAGCCGCAGCGUCGGAUAUAACGCAACUGGCGAUAUUACAGCAUCCACUUGUGGAGACGUUUCUCAGACUGAAGUGGGCGAGAUUAAGAAUAUUCUUUUUCUUUCUUAUGCUCGUGCAUUUGUUCUUCGUCAUUUCCCUCUCGAUUUAUGCCAUAAUGUUUAUACGAGACGAUACUGACCACGUAGUGACUAGAAGAAUUCUCGAGAUCUGUUCCUGUUUUUUACUAUUUCAUAAUAUGAUUCAGGUUUUACUAGAGCCGAGACAUUAUUUAAGGCAACUCGAGACAUGGUUAUCAUUCAUAUGCGCCACACUAUCAUUGAUAACGUCAAUAGCGGGCGAAUUUGCAAAGUGUUCGAAGGAAGAAAUUGAGUCUCAUCAAUGCGCGCACUGGGUAUUGCAUUCCAUGAGCAUCGCAAUCUUGCUUAGCUGGAUGCAAAUGAUGCUGUUAAUCGGUCGAGUUCCAAUGUGGGGAUAUUACGCGCUCAUGUUCUCCACGGUAUUGAAGAAUAUCCUAAAGGUUCUCCUGGCGUUUGGUUACCUGAUUGUCGGAUUCGCGUUGAGCUUUGCCGUUUUGUUCCACGGGAACGACCAGUUCCGCGAUUUGUGGAGGGCCGUCGUAAGGACCGUGGUAAUGAUGAUGGGUGAGUACGAGUACGAGGAGCUGUUCAGCAGAACCGAGAAUGGCAGGAUGUCUUUCCUGCCAGUCACAAGUAGAAUCGUGUUCUUCGUUUUCAUCAUGCUUGCCAGUAUCGUCCUGAUCAACCUCAUGAUCGGUCUGGCAGUUAACGACAUUCAAGGACUCGAGAAGGAGGGUCACAUACGUCGAUUAUUGAAACAAGCGGAGUUUGUCGCACAUUUGGAGAGGGUGACAUCACACCGAAUCUUCCGCGGCAAUUGGCUACAUCCUUGCUUAAGAAUUCUUUUACACUCUAGACGCGACAUUCCCACAAAAAUUACUCUCUUCUCGCGUGAAAAUUAUUUUUAUCACGUGAAUCAUCUCACGGAAUCACCUUCCAAGAUUCCUGCCGAUCUAGUAGAGGCUUUAUUCCUGCUAGCUACCAAGACAUUUUAUAAGAACGACAAUUUGGCGAGUAAAAAUAUAGAGAUUGGCGACGCGAAGCUGACUUCCAUAUUAUCUAAUUUAGAGGAACAAAUACGAGAAUUAAAAACACAAUAUUAUCGCAAUUUAAUGAAUCGGAGAUCGUUGAUGCGGCGUGGAUUCAAAAGAAAGUCCGUACAAAGAAGAUUGUAAAUUAUUAGCAUACAUGUGCAUAAUUGCAAUUAUUCAUCAGCGUGACGAACGCGUAUUAAUUUGGCAGCGGCAUUACUACAAUCAUGAAAUCGAGUGUCAUAGAUACAACUCGCUUUAUUUUGGCGACACAACAUGACUUUCUUUCUAGAAUAAUUAUUGGAAAGAAUAAGAAGUAUAAAACUGCAAAAUGCACUUGCAAAUGCAA